AUGAAGAGAAUAUCCUCCUCAUUUCCUGCUUUGAUUCUACCUUUCUCUGGUAAUUCUCUUCCUUCUUCCUUUUCUAAACUGCCCAUUACUUGUUUCAUUUCCGGUUAUUCUGCUGCUUCUGAUAAAUAUGUCAAUAUGGGUAUGACAAAAACCACCCAUCUCGAAAUAUUGGUCGUAAAUAAGUGUAAAUCAGGAUCCCUUGAACUUGAUGAAGCUCUGGGUUUUUUCAAUUCCAUGAUUUCGAUUAGACCCUUGCCCUCAAUUUUGGCUUUCAACCAUCUGCUUGGAGCACUCUCCAAGAUGAAACACUAUGCACUCGUUAUUUCUAUGUGUAAACAGAUGGUGGGCUGUAGUGAGUUGCAACCUGAUAUUUUUGCAAUGACCAUUUGGAUCCGUUGUUUGUGCAAUUUGAAGAAAGUGGACUUGGGUUUCUCUGCGUUUGCUAUGAUUAUAAAACGUGGUCUUCAUCCUAACCCUUAUACCACGAAUGCUCUGCUUCUUGGGCUGAUUGAUGAGGGUAAGAUUGCUGAGGCAAGGGGGUUGUUUUGGAAAAUAUUGAACAACGAUUACCCGUGUGAUCAAUACACUUAUAGUAUUAUUAUCAGGGGGCUUUGCAACUCAGGGAAUAUUCGUUUUGCAGUUGUUUUACUGAUGAAGAUGAAUGUAAAUAGAAGCUUUGAACCUAAUGUAAUAUGCUAUAAUACAAUUAUUGAUGGAUUUUGUAAAGAGGAACAAAUGGAUAAGGCUUUCAUUAUCUUUCAAGAUAUGUUAGAUUGGAGUAUUGAGCCAAAUGUUGUUACUUUUAGUUCUUUAGUUAAUGGGUUUUGCAGCGCCGGCCGUUGGGAUGAAGCAAAACGAUUAUUAGCUGCCAUGGUUAACAAGGGGAUUUCUCCUAAUGCGUAUAUCCUAAGUGCUCUUAUUGCUCCUCUUUGCAAGGAUGGGAAGAUCCAAGAAGCAAUAUCUCUAUUCGAUUUAAUGACCCAAAAAGGCAUAAAGCCAAGUGUUGUCACUUAUAAUUUGCUAAUCCGUGCGUUAUGCAAGUUUGGUGAGUGGAGACUGACCACAAAAUUUUUUGAAAAUAUGAUUGGAUCUGAAAUUUCACCCGAUGCUAUAACUUUUAAUUCCAUGAUAGACAGUUUGUGCAAGGAGGGGAAGUUAUCAAAGGCGGUUGAAAUUCUGGAACUAAUGACUCGUAAAGGUGUAAAGCCAGAUGCCAUCACCUACAAUUCUUUGAUUCAUGGAUUUUGUCAUUCUGUGCGAUGGGAAGAAGCAACAAGCUUGCUCAAUAGGAUGAUGAAUGAAGGUGUCCAUCCUGAUGUUGUGAUUUUCAAUUCUUUAAUCAAUGCUUUUUGCAAGGAAAAGAGGACCGAAGAAGCCAUUACCAUGUUGGAGUUGAUGAGUCAGAGGAAUGUAAAACCCGACAUUGUAACCUACAAUUGUUUAAUACAUGGAUUUUGCAAUUCAGGUAAAUGGACUGAAGCAACAAGCUUGCUCGAUAGAAUGAUGAAUGAAGGUGUCCAUCCUAAUGUUGUGACUUUCAGUUCUUUAAUCAAUGCUUUUUGCAAGGAAAAGAGGACCAAAGAAGCCAUUACCAUGUUGGAAUUGAUGAGUCAGACGAAUGUAAAACCCAACAUUAUCACCUACAAUUGUUUGAUACAUGGAUUCUGCAAUUCAGGUAAAUGGACAGAAGCAACAAGCUUGCUCGAUAGAAUGAUGAAUGAAGGAGUUCAUCCUGAUGUUGUGACUUUCAAUUCUUUAAUCAAUGCUUUUUGCAAGGAAAAGAGGACUGAAGAAGCCAUUACCAUGUUGGAACUGAUGAGUCAGAGGAAUGUAAAACCUGACAUAGUCACCUACAGUUGUUUGAUACAUGGAUUCUGCAAUUCAGGUAAAUGGACAGAAGCAACAAACUUGCUCGAGAGAAUGAUGAAUGACGGAAUCCAUCCUAAUGUAGUAACUUUCAAUUCUUUAAUCGAUGCUUUAUGCAAGGAAAAGAGAACAGAAGAAGCCAUUACCUUAUUGGAAGUAAUGAGUCAAAGAAAUGUAAAACCUGACAUAGUCACCUACGGUUGUUUAAUACAUGGAUUGUGCAAAUCAGGCCAAUGUGAAGAAGCCACAAGCUUGCUCAGUAAGAUGGUCGCUCAACAUAUUGUUCCUGAUAUUGAAACUUUUAACAUUUUGUUGGAUGCUAUUAUCAAACAUGGAACAAACGACAAAGCUCGUGAAGUACUGAAGGUAAUGGAUCAACAUGGUGUGAAGCCUAAUGGAUUUACUUACAGGGCAAUGAUCUGAAUGUAUACUGCGCUUGGUGAAAUGAACAAGGGAAAGGAUGUCUUUGAUUCAAUAGCAACCCAAGGUUCUGCACCUGAUUUAACGGCUUUCAAGAUGCUGAUCAAUGGGUUUGCAAGGAGCAAAGGAAAAGAGGAGAUUGCGAGGCUUGCUGAAGAAAUGCUCCAAAAGGGAUUGACACUUAAUGUGGAAACUCAUAGCAUGCUAAGAGAGUUGACAAGCCUAUGAAAGCUGUAUGUUGCAGAUGGUAAGUAUAUUAAUUAACAUCUCAUUCUUUUUGUUAUUUUGUUUCAGUUUUUUCAUUGUUACUGCUGAAAUGGAGAUGAUGCCGGGAUAUUAGAUGAACUUUGUCAUUUUUUAUUGAACCAUCAUUUGACGUUAUUUUGUGAACCAAAAGAGAAAAUGAGGCUUUUUGUGAACGUUUUGGAACUUAACCUUUUGUGU